GUUUUGUUUCCUCUCUUCAUUCUUUUUCCUCUUAUUCUCGUUUUCAUUCUCAUUCUUAUUCUCAUUCUUAUUCUGCUUAUUCUGAUUCUCAUUUGCAUUUACGCUCUCAUUCUCAUUCUCAUUCUCAUAAUUAUCCUUAGACGCACAAUUAUAGCGUACACACCUUCAUUUCUGUCUUGUUUAUCCUCAAGUAAUAUAAUUGACAAUUGCCAACAUGGGUUGUACCGGUUCGAAACAUGGGCAUUCUUCCACCGCUGCUCCUCAAUCCAACUUGCACAUGCAACAACAGCAACCUGCCUAUGGCCUUCCUCAACAAAUGUUGCCUCCUUCAACCCUGCCUCAAGGAUGGAUCUCACUAUUCGAUCCGAGCAAACAGCGUCUCUAUUAUGUCUAUCCACAGACAGGCCAUGUUACUUGGGAACAUCCAUUAGGCCCGCAAGCGGAUGCACAGGAGUUGGCUCGUUUCUAUCAAAUUCAACAACAACAACAGAAUACGUAUGGAAACACCAGCAAUCAGGGCACUUUUGCAGAUAGUUAUAAUCGGCAAGGCGGGAUGGGUGCAGGUGCAAGCAUGGCUAUGGGCAUGAUGGCUGGAGGCGCAAUGGGACUUGUAGCAGGAAGUAUGCUUGCAGGCAGUAUGACAGAUGCUUAUCCUUCGGCUGAUGUGAUUCCAGCCAGCGAAGACCUUGGUGGCGGUGACUUUGGAGGCGGUGACUUUGGAGGCGGUGACUUUGGAGGUGGUGAUUUUGGUUUCUAAAAAAGGAUAAAGAAGCAACUGAAAAAAAAAA